AUGUCCGACGCCGAACCUUCUCCCCGCAAGAGCCUGUCGAGCCGCCGACCCAGCUUCAGCUCAAUUCGCUCCCGCCUACGCAAGCCAAGCCUCCAAACCGGCAAGAAGACUUCUGCGGCACAAGACGUCGAGGCCGAGACUCUCGAUGAUCAGCGUUCCAAGCGCUUCUCCUCAGCAUCAGACCACUCCAUCCCUCCGGUCCCACCCCUACCGUCUCGUCAGUUGAACGCUAACACGGAUGGCAACGAUCUCGCCUACCUACAAGCCAGUCCAUCUCGUUCGAGUGGGAACGCUGCAUCCACCUCGGACCGGCCUAUCUCAAGCAAGCGUGAUUCCACCAUCAGCACUGCAUCGUCUAUAAAGAAGGAGCAGCCAGCCCAAGGUGACGUUUCCACGCUUGCCAAAUCCUCGCUCGGAAUGACGCUGGGCGCACACAAGUCUGAGGCUGCUUGGCCUGACAGCGGUACCAGCCGCUACGAUGCACAGGCAGCCUUCAAAGAUACCAUUCCCAUGACCAUGCUGUUCUUCGGAGGCACCGUCGUCGCGAUUCUUGCUUUGGCGAAAUUCAGCAUCAUCGCUGCUGCUUUGAUCGCUGGGUGCAGCGGUCACAUCCUCUACAGAAAGCUCAACGAGCGCGGCGACGAUGCAACGUGGGCUCUCGAAAUGGAGGCUGCAGCAAGGCGUAAUGCCCUGCCAGAUGCGGGCGAGGAGUCGGUCGAGUGGCUCAACAAGGCCCUUGCCACCGCGUGGCCGCUCAUCAACUCCGACUACUUUGCUCCCUUUGUCGAUCUUCUUGAGGACAGCCUCAUGACACAGGUUCCUGGCGUGGUCCACAAUGUCAGAGUAGAGGAUAUGGAUCAAGGUUCCAUUCCACUGCGCGUCAAGAGCUUCCGCGUGCUCCCCUCUGACGACAAGGCUUUCCUCCAAGGAGCCGUUGUGCAAGCUCACAAAGAUGCUGGCGAAUCGGAUGCAGACGCUCCAUCCCCUCACCACGGGGACAGCGAAGACGACGAUGCCGGCGUCGAUGUCGGCGAUUACGUCAAUCUCGAGGUCACCUUCGCCUACCGAGGAGCUGCCACAAAGAAAGGUCUUUUCCGCUCCACCGUCAACACCAAUUCAGGUCCGCUCAACGCAUCGGGCCCCGUGGCAGCUGAUGAAGCCGAAGAAGAGGCAGAUUUUGAUCAGCUCAAGGACGUGCCAACCGAGAGGAUCCAUCUGCUCCUCUAUCUCAGCGUAGGUUUACAGAAAAUUGCCGCUGUCGACAUUCCUGUCUGGAUCGAGAUGGUCGGCAUCGAAGGCAAAGCACGCGUCCGUCUGCAGAUGACUCCCGUCGCUCCGUUUGUCAAGCAUGCAGCCGUCACCUUUGUUGGUGCGCCCAAGCUUGAGAUCUCUGCCAAGCCGUUGGGCAAGAAGAUGGUGAUUGACGCUAUGAACUUACCCCUCAUGUCAUCGUACGUGCUGCAUGCCGUCGAAGAUGUCAUCAAGGGCUUCAUCGCCCCGCUGUCGUAUACCGUUGAUGUAGCCGCCCUGCUCGGUGCUGGCGAUGGACCGCAGAACGUCUACUCACUCGGCGUCAUCUGUUUCGUCCUCCACCAGGCCGACGACCUUGCUGCCGCCGAUGCGAAUGGCCAGAGCGAUCCCUUUGUGCAAGCUUCCUUCGCUCGAGCUGGUAAGCCGCUCUUUACGUCUCGCAUCGUCCGAAAGAGGCGCGAUGCAGUGUGGCAGGAGACUGGCUUCCUGCUCGUGUCCCCAGACGAGGUGCGUGACCACGAUCGUCUGCGAUUCACCGUGUUUGAUGCCGAUCGUUUCUCGGCGGAUGAUCCUUUAGGCAAGGUUGAGAUCUCGCUGCAUCGUCUCAUUCGCAAGUUUCACCCGGACGGCGAGUCUCGCAGCACCAACUUGCUCGAGACGCGCACCGACAAGCUGCUUCCCUUGAGGAAGGGAGCAUCGGUGCAAGGCACGCUUAAGUACAGCGUUGGCUUUUUCGGUCUCGCCCACGCUCCCGGUACUGGGCAUGCCCCAUCGCGUCGCAAGCUGCUCAACAGUGUCAACAGCACGGCUCAGGACGACAGCGCAUCGCUGGAUCUGGUGUCUCCCAUCGAUGGCAAGAACAGAAAGGAUGACGACAAGCUGGUGCCUCCGCUUCCAGACCAGAAGCAGUCAACUUCCGACUCGUCAGUGGAUCCCGAUCUCAGUUCUUACAUGACUGGCUUUGACAAGUUUGUCCACGGCCUUGGCCUUCCGAUGGAUGACGAGGUGCUGCGUAAGAGGAAGAUGCGCAAGGAGCGUGUCCAGAAGCUCGCUACGAUGAUCGAAGGCGCGAAACAGGCGACGGCGGAUCCUCCCACCGCAGAACUGCCUUCGGGUAUCCUCGCUUUCCACAUUCAUUCGAUCGCAGGUCUUGAAGUGCCAUCGACACAAAAGUCGCUUGGAGGCACCUCGAAGCGAUUGUCGCAAAAGUCGAGGAACGGGCCAGCGCCUACCGACGAGAGCCAGGCGGAAGGCGGGGCCGGCGGCAAGCUGCCGUCGUCGUAUGUGCAGGUGUUCCUCAAUGAUGAGGCCAUCUUCCGCACGAGGACAAAGACACUCAACCCGCGACCGUACAUCAAUGCGGGCAGCGAACGCUUCAUCGGUGACUGGACGACAGCCCGAUUGGACUUUACCGUACGCGACGCACGGAUGCGUGAGAGCGAUGCAAUUCUCGGCUGCGUUGGACUUCGCUUGGCCGAUGUGCUGACGGAGAGCAGCCACAGCACGGGUUGGUACACGCUCACCGGGGGCCUUGGCUUUGGGAAGAUCCGCCUGACUCUCCUGUUCCGCAGCGUCGAGCUUUCAGUGCCGCGUCCUUUGCGUGGAUGGAAUGUGGGCAUCGUCGAAGUGGCCAGCGUCAAGGUAACGGGUGUGCCACAGAUGUUGCUCGACAAGAAGGCGUGCCACCUUUCGCUCGAGACGGUGGGCGGCAAAAAAAGCACCGACGACACGGAGCCUGUCGACGAGUACGAGUCGGGCAUGGGUAGCGAGGCCACGGUGAGCUACGAGUGGUCUCUCAAGGAGCCGAUCCGGCUGCCUGUGCGUCAACGCUAUCCCAGUUCGGUGUACCUGAGCCUGCGAACCGAUUCGCGCUUGCCUGGACGAACGCAUCACCAUGCGUGGGCAUUCUUACCCCUGAACCGGGUGUCGGACGAGACGCGUAUCCAGCGUCGGCUGCGUCUGUUCGAUUCGUCGGAGUGGGACAAGGUGGAGCAGGAUGUGCUGCGCGCGACGAGCGACCCCGAGCUGCUGCAGACGGAGGAGGGACUUGUCAAGGCCAAGCUGUUGCCCGUGUUGGAAGAACUGUGCCGUACGGGCGCUGCCACCAUCUCGGACGAGGCGGUCAGCGCUGCCAAGCUGCGUGCCAUUGGCUGGGUGGAGGUCGAUCUGAUCUUCCAUCGAGGCAUUGCGCCGGAGCACCGUUCUUGCACCGCCGGCGAUUCGGAAAUGCGGUUUGCGUUCGAUACGUACAUGACGCUGCUGGAUGCAGGGGAGCGAGCGCGACCUCGAACAUUAGCAAUGGAACGAUUCCGUGCGAACAACGCCAAUGCAACAGGAGCUCGGCCUGGAACACACAGUCGCACCGCAUCGCACGCUUCCUCAGCGCCGGGAGUGAUCAGCGAGAAAACAGGUCAGCUGGGAGAAGAUGCGCAUCGCGGUGAAGGCGGCGGCGGCGAUGACGGUGACGACGACUCGCUUUAUGCGCUCUCACUGACUGAAACCGAGCUGGAUCGUCUGGCGGAAGAGGAGGGAGACUCGGACAGCCCGGAAGGCCGACGUGCGCGCGCCCGAGCUCUGCAUCGAAAUCAACGUGGAGCUGCCCAGAUCAAAGGCUUCCGAACGCUGACGUGGAUGAAGACCAAUGCUGAAGAUGGCAUGGCCAAGAUGAAGCGUCAGUUUGGCAGCAAGCAUUCGAAGCGCAUCGGCAAGAUGGAAGCUGAAGGCAUUUCACACUUUUGA